CCUGACUCGCCUUUUGUCUCUGCUUCUCCCCCAUCUCAGUCUCUGGGCCCGCAGACCAGAAACCUUAAACCUGAAUCACUUCGCCCAUCGCCUGUUUUAACCUUUUGGUAGCGUUGCAGCAAGGGCCCGGCUAGAACAAACCAUUGCAAUCGCAUCGCCGGAGCUCCCCGCAUUCCACAAGUCGAGGCUCUUAGCUACUUUCCUGGGCACAAAGACCGCACGGAACGGGGGCUUGCUUCCUGUUUUCCUUUUUGGCUACCCCGCAAAGACAGGCCCUGAGAGCAGCAGACUCGCCCGCCAGAGAAACUUGGACAAAGCUGCUUUUCUAUACACAUCAAGAUAUUUUACGCAUACACGAUUAAUCGACGGGACGAUAAGAGAGAUAGAAAGAAAGAAAGAAAGAGAAAUCAUGGCGCCUAUCCACAAGACACCCAGCGAAGAAGAAAUCGCAAGUACCCUCGGCAACCUGCAACUGUCGCCCUCACACCCGGAGAAGCCGCUGCAGAAACCAAAGAGCAAGCCCGUAGCCGACAGCUGGGACGACGAGGCCCUGAGCGGGUCCGACACGGAAACCGAAGACGCAGCAGCAGUCGAUACCGCCGCGGUCAAAAAGUCGAAAAAGAGCGACAAAGGCUCGCCGCAGGAUUCGCUCUCGCCACUGUCUACCACGUCGUCGCGCGACGUGCCGCCAAAUCCUCCGCCGCCGACGCCGGCGUCGCCCACGCAGUUCGAGUACCCGGAUAACGUCAUGUAUAGUCUGGGUAGCGAGGGCCCCAAGAGCCGCGGCCCGGCCAACUUGGACAAGCGGCCUGAGAAGACGACGGCCGUGGCCGGGCGCAUGAUUGCUGGGGCGUUGGGCGUCAGGGCGCCCAAGAGGACCGACGAGGAGCGCGAGUAUGAUCGGGCCAUGCGGGAGAAGGAGAGGAGGAGACGGGCCGAAGAGAAGGAGAGGGAGAAGAAGGAAGAGGAUGCGAGAGAGGCGAGGAAGAAGGCUGUGUGGGAUGAUUAAGUCUAGUAGUCGUAGUAGUCUGAAGCCUCGCCUUGGUACUGUAUAUAUAAAUUCCGAAAGUGUACAAAUUAGCUUUUUUGUUUGCGGACAGCAUCUUCCAUGUCCAAUGGAAUAUGCUCGGGACAGGAUUGCACAUCUGUCUCCAUGGAUCCACGCAAGUCAGUAGUACACUGCUAUCAAAGUCUCUUUCUCCAAAAUCC